UAGUGUCCUGCACAAGAAGCAUCAUAACUCCGCCCAACCCGGAAGUGUCUGUGAAAAUGUGCAGUGCUCGAUGACGUGUACAUCUAGCCGUCCAGAAGUCGCCUGAAAUCCUACGCUUUUCAGAUCUGAAGCACAUUCGGAUUUGAAGAGAUUGUCAUGAGGCAGGAAGCCCCCAUGCAGAGGUGCUCUGGUGGUGUACUGUGGGUAUGGGCCUUGGCUGUGGCUGUACUGCCCUGGACUGAAGGAGCAGUGAACUACAAGCUGGGGGAUAAAGUGACGUUGUAUGUGAACAAGGUUGGACCGUACCAUAAUCCACAGGAGACCUAUCACUACUACACCUUACCUGUCUGCAGGCCAAAAGAGGUACGGCACAAGGCCCUGAGUCUGGGAGAGGUACUGGAUGGAGACAGGAUGGCGGAGUCGCUGUAUGAUAUUCGCUUCCGGGAGAACACAGAGAGGAAGACUCUCUGCCAGCUGACUCUGACUGAAGCCGAGGUGGAACAGUUACGGGAAGCCAUAGAGGAACUCUAUUAUUUUGAGUUUGUUCUGGAUGAUAUUCCGAUCUGGGGUUUUGUGGGAUACAUGGAGGAGAGUGGCUUUCUACCCCACAGUCACAAGGUGGGGCUGUGGACUCACCUGGACUUCAACAUCGAGUAUAACGGCAAGUCUGUGAUCUUCGCUAACGUGUCAGUGAAAGACGUGAAGCCCGUGCCCCUGGAGGGGGGUGGAGGGGCGGGUCCUGGGGCAGGGCUGUCGCUGACCCACUCUUACAGCGUGCGCUGGUUUGAGAGCCACCUGUCCUACGAGCGGCGGGCAGAGCGGCAGCAGGACCACUCCUUCUUCCCCAAAACCCUGGAGAUCCACUGGCUGUCCAUCAUCAACUCCCUGGUGCUGGUGGUGCUGCUGCUGGGCUUCGUCAUCAUCAUCCUCAUGAGGGUGCUGAAGAACGACUUCGCAAGGUACAACGUGGAAGAGGACAGGGGGUGUGAUGACCUGGACCAGGGGGAUAACGGCUGGAAGAUCAUCCACACCGAUGUCUUUCGGUUCCCCCCCUACAGGAGCCUGCUGUGUGCUAUUCUGGGUGUGGGCGCUCAGUUCCUCACUCUGGCCACAGCGAUCAUCAUCAUGGCGUUGCUCGGUAUGUUUAAAGUGCAUCGCCAUGGUGCCAUAAACUCUGCGGCCAUCGUGUUGUAUGCGCUGACCAGCUGUGUGUCGGGGUACUGCUCCUGCCACUUCUACACCCAAAUCCAUGGCCAGCGCUGGGUCUGGAACAUCAUCCUCACUUCCUCUCUCUUCUCAGGGCCCCUCUUCCUCACCUGGAGUGUGGUGAACUCUGUGCACUGGUGGAGCGGGUCGACCCAGGCGCUGCCCGUGUCCACGGUGCUGCUGCUGCUGGCUGUGUGGGGGCUGGUGGGCUUCCCCCUCACCGUCAUCGGGGGUAUCGUGGGCAAGAACAAGGCGGGCACCUUCCAGGCGCCCUGCCGCACCCGCAACAUUGCCCGGCAGAUCCCCUCGCAGCCCUGGUACAAGCACACCAUCGUGCACAUGGCCAUCGGAGGCUUCCUGCCCUUCAGUGCCAUCUCGGUGGAGCUGUACUACAUCUUUGCCACGGUGUGGGGCAGGGAGCACUACACGCUGUACGGCAUCCUGCUCUGCGUCUUCGCCAUCCUGCUGUCGGUGGGCGCCUGCAUCUCGGUGGCGCUCACCUACUUCCUGCUGUCGGGGGAGGACUACCGCUGGUGGUGGCGCAGCGUGCUGAGCACGGGCUCCACCGGCAUCUUCAUCUUCAUCUACUCCGUCUUCUACUACAACAACCGCUCCAGCAUGAGCGGGCUAGUGCAGAGCGUGGAGUUCUUUGGCUACACGAUGCUCACCGCCUUCGUCUUCUCCCUCAUGCUGGGCACCGUGUCCUUCUGCGCCUCCCUGGCCUUCAUCCGCUACAUCUACCGCAGCCUCAAGAUGGACUGAGGAGGUGGGGCGGGGCGGGGCCAGGGGACAGGGGACAGGGGGCGGGGCUGACUGCUACUGCGUGUACCACAGCCUUAAGGGUUUGACUGAGGGAAGGUGAAGGGGUGGGGGUGGGGGUGGGGGUGAACCGCUGUUGGAACUGGAGAUUGCGGCAGGCUGGCAGUGAGCCUUUGGGCGAAAUGUCUGGCUGACCUUCUGCAUCGCUGGUUCCUUGAGAAGCAGCCCACGGUCAGCGGCAUCUCCGGACUGCAUUUGAGCAUCAGCUCAUUCACAUAGCAACCUCAGAUCAGUUUCUCACGGAACUACUUCCUCAGAAAAUGCUGGCGGUCUUUGCUGUAUAUUCUAAGAUCACAGGUGCAUCGUUGGAGACUUAUUUCUUAAUUACAAUCAGAGUGAAUAUAUAUUUUAUUCUUAAUACAAGACAGGAUUGCAGAAUUAGUGUUGAUAGUGUGGAAGAACCAGAAAACUAAAAUGGCAUACUUGUCAGUUGUGGUUGCUGGCACUUAUUUUCCAGCUGUUAUUUAGAUGGUGAAAUGCUGAGGAAAGGGAAAUUGGUGACAGGAGUGCUGGAAUUUAUUGUACUGUAUACAUCUGAAGACAUGGUGGGGAGAAAAAAAAACAGAAUUUCUUCUAUUAGUAGUGAAAGGUGCAAGGUGUGUGUGUGUGUGCACAUGUGUGAGUGCAUGCGUUCUUGUGUGAGUAUUUGUGCAUGUGUGGGUGUGUGUGUGAGUGUGUGUACCUGCCUGUGUGGGUGUGUCUGUGGGUGAGUAUGGACUGGCUGUGCAAUCAUUCUCCAUUUACUGUAAUUUCAUUUCAUAUGUAAAUAUCUUUUCAAUAAAAUCUCUUUUUAUUAAAACAGAGAAA